UAGGCGCUUUUAUAGACUGCAGUUAAAACUGCGCAGUGCUGUGUGUGUUAACGUUUGUCCCAGGCUUGUUACGUUUCAGUCCAUCGCCGAGAACUAGAAUCUACAAAAUGGACGGCUCUACAAAGACCUACGUUGUUGGUGUUGCAAUAGUAACGCUGGUGUGUCUGGUCGGACUUGGAGAGAGUGGGGAGUGCUGCAAAGCCCACUACAAUAUCAUUGGACAGGAAGUAUCCAGUGAUCAAAAAUGGUGUGACAACUAUUGCUGCUUCAACUUGGCCCAGUAUGACUGCUGUGAUGACAUCCGUCAACAAGCACCUGAAGGCAUGAGGAUGGGAAUGUGUAUGGCCUGGAUCACGGCACAUUGGUACAUUCCAUUUCUGGUUGUCCUUGCCAUAGUAGGAGGAAUCAUCACUUGCUGUGUGUGUUGUUGCUGUGCUUGUUGUCGUAACAGAACCAGUGGAACAGUCAUGCUACCACCAUCACAAGGUAUGCUGGUUGUGACCCAACAACAGCCAACACAGUUUGCAAAUGACCAGGCCAGUCCUCCGGCUAACCAAUUCAAUGCUGGUUAUGACCAGGUCAGUCGUCCAGCUAACUCAUUCAAUACUGGUUAUGACCAGGUCAGUCGUCCAGCUAACUCAUUCAAUACUGGUUAUGACCAGUAAAGAUCUGGAGCUGACCAUGCAACCACACUGUACUUGUAAAAUCUUAGACAGGAAUUAUUAUCUCAAUCACGUUCUAUUGAAAUCUUAAGACACUGGAAUUAUCAUCUUAAUCAUACAGUAAAAUCGUGGUGUAGGAAUUAUCAUCUUAAUCACAUACUAGUAAAAUCGUGGUGUAGGAAUUAUCAUCUUAAUCACAUACUAGUAAAAUCGUGGUGUAGGAAUUAUCAUCUUAAUCACAUACUAGUAAAAUCGUGGUGUAGGAAUUAUCAUCUUAAUCACAUAUACUAGUAAAAUCUUCAGACAAGAAUUGUCAUUUCAUGGCAAGGUAAAUUAAAAUCUAAAUGGAUUUCUAAUCUUAUAAAUUGACACAUUUUCUGAUGACAUUGAUGAAAAUUGAACCCAGUAAAUUAAAGACUUUAUGGAGUUUAGAUCUGUAAGAUCUGUAAAAUAUAGUGCAUACAAAAUGUACAUUUUCAUCAUUGCAAUGUCUGUCAAUCGCUACAUGUUUUGUAUAUUGUUUGAAGGUACUGAUGUUUGAAAGAAUCUCUGUCUACUUUAUUAAUUUUACUGUAUCAUCAACUUAGAAUUGUCAUCAAUUACAGGUUUAGUUACAUUUUUUGAUUUUAAUAUUGAUUUUGUGAGAUGUUGCGUAUGUUCAACAAGUAGUUACCCAUUUGAUGACAAUACAAUGUGUUAUGUACAAGAUAUAUCAUUUAUUUUGAUGUUUUGACAAUCUUCAUGCAGUGUAAAUGGCAACAAAUUUAUUUUGAUGUAUUGAUAAUCUUUAUACUGUGUAGAUAAUGACAAAUUCUGACAAGUUUGAUGCCUUCUUUCUCCCAAAACACUCAAACAUGCAGUAAUGAAAACUGAUUAUAUGUAUCAUUAAUGAUAGGUACAUUGUUUGUAUAUGCAACAUAUUGGGACAUGUACUUUGUAUAUGCAUUAUACAAUUAUGUGACAUAUAAGGAUAUGUACAUUGUAAAUGUAACAUAUAGGGAUAUGUACAUUGUAAAUGUAACAUAUAGGGACAUGUACAUUGUAUAUCACAUAUAGGGACAUGUACAUUGUAUCUACAUUAUGUAUUGAACACAAAGUGAUAUGUACAUUGUAUAUGUAACAUAUAGAGACAUGUACAUUGUAUAUGUAACAUAUAGGGACAUGUACAUUGUAUAUGUAACAUACUGUAUAGAGACAUGUACAUUGUAUCUACAUUAUGUAUUGAACACAAAGUGAUAUGUACAUUGUAUAUGUAACAUAUAGAGACAUGUACAUUGUAUAUGUAACAUAUAGAGACAUGUACAUUGUAUAUGUAGCAUAUAGGGACAUGUACAUUG